AUGGCUGAGGGGGCCCAGCCCAGAGGGGAAACCCAAGGCGCAGAAAUUACGAUCCAGAUUCAGCAGCCAACAGAGAGAAACCCGAGGACACCGGCCAGGCGGGACCCACACUCAGUGCUCAGGGUGUCCCAGCUACUGCUCAGGGCCAUCGCUGGCCACCGGAGGCUGACUCUGGCAGAGCUCAAGAAGGAGCUGGGAAAUGCUGGCUAUGAAGUGAGCCGGAAGAUCAACUGCCACGACAGGUCUGAGAGGGGUACGCUUCUGAGGGUCAGUGGCAGCAAUGCUGCAGGCUACUUCAGGGUCUGGAAGGUUACAAAACCGAGGAGAAAAGUGGGACAGUCCGGGCUGGUGAUGGGCCGCUGCUCUUCAAGGAAGACCCUGCCCCAAUCCCGAUCUCGAGCCCCGAGACCACGCAGACCCCGAUCGCGUCGCAAGGCAGCCAAGAAGGCCAGAGAAUGCUGGAGACACAAUUCUAGGACUUUGAAGGCAAAGUCCAGGAUAACCAGAUCAAUGGUUAGGACAAGAGUCAGGUCAAGGGCAAGGUCAAGGGCAAGGUCUAGAGUUAUGGACCACGUGUGUGCCAGGGCCCAGGAACAGGCUUGUGCCAGGGGCAAGGAACAGGCUUGUGCCAGGACCAGGACACAGGAGUGUGUCCAGGACCGGGAGCAGGAGUGCACAAACACCAGAGAAGAGGCCCAUAUGGGAACCAGGAUGCAAACCAGGGCCAGGGCCAGGGCAAUGGACAACAUCAGAGCAGGACCUUCAAGAGAAGACGGCAGGUCUCGAUCUAAAAAUGAGAGCCGGCCAAACUCGAAAUCCAGGGACAAGAAGAGGCAGGAACCUGAGAGGGUGGUAAAACGAACCAUCCAGAAACCAGCUGUGGCUAUAGUUAACAGUGUUUCCAACCUACAAGGAAAAGCACGCACCAAGGCUUCUGCGAAAAGCAACAGUCCUGGGUGCUCGAGGAAUCCUUAA